AUGGGAGUUGUUGCUGAACGGCAACCUGCAGUUCAGGUCUGCCAGCCAUCGCGGACGAAGUAUCCGGAGCUGAGGCUACCCACAUUCUCGGGAAAGCUGUCGGAAUGGAUCAACUUUCGGGACAACUUCAAGUCGUUGAUACACGACAACCAUCAACUCUGUACAAUCGAUAAAUUCAAUUAUCUACGUACCUCGUUGAAGGAUGAUGCUCUUCUGCAGAUCAACCAAAUUCAAAUGACUGCUGCCAACUACACUCUCGCUUGGGGAAUUCUGGAGUCGAAGUUCGAGAACCACAAGCUCAUCGCACAGGAACAUUUGAAGGCAUUGUUCGCUGUUGCGCCAAUGAAAUUGGAGAGCUUUCAAGGAUUGAACCAUGUUCUAACGACGUUCAGGAUCAACCUCCAACAGUUGGAGAAGCUGGGUGAAAAUACGGAAAACUGGAGUACGCUGUUGGCUUUCAUGCUAUCCCAGAAACUGGACGAUGAUACGCUUCGCCAGUGGGAAACCCACCACAGCUCGAAGAAUAUUCCCUCCUACAAGGCAAUGGAGGAGUUUCUGGAGAAUUACUGUGGAAUCCUGCAGUCAACGUCAGCGCGAAGAAGUAACGAGUGCAGGAAGUCAUACAAGAACCCAGUAGUUCACGCUGUGGUAUCGUCGAAAGACGAUUGCCCAAUCUGCAAUGCUGGACAACAUUCCGUGGAGCAGUGUAGACGUUUCGGGAAUAUGAAGGUCGUUGAUAGGAAGAUGCUUGUUCGAAAACUCGGAUUGUGCCUAAAUUGCUUGCGUUCCGGUCAUUUCGUUGCGGAUUGUUCGAGGUCUACGUGCAAUAAGUGUGGAUACAGCCACCACUACCUGCUUCAUCCGUACACCGCAUUCGCAAGUAAGGGGCAGACAUCGAGUCAGCCCUCCUCCCAGAAGCCUGCCAAAAGACCUCAAGACGCGAACUUUCAGUCACAGCAAUCAAAUCAGGCUCAAAACCGGAACAGUUCUCAACACACACAGUCUACACCAACUCCAAGUACAUCUUCGCAAAAUGCAUGCUUGUCACCUCCCACCAAUACUCCAACAGUACACCACACUGCUACACCAUCCAAAACACACCACUAUACAAACAAUGCAUUGUUAUCAACCGCUAUCGUGAAGCUCGGUGAUCGUCACGGAAACACCGUUCUUGCACGCGCUUUGUUGGACAACGGGUCACAGAUUAGUCUGAUGACCGAAAACCUUUCUCAAAAGUUGAAUUUCCGACGAACUCGGGAAAAUGUACCAGUAAAAGGAGUGGGUGGUGCCCUUUCUGUUGCUAAACAAGCCGUAUUAGCAACAGUGUUGUCAUGUAAUUCUUCGUACACGUCUUGCGAGGUCAAGUUCUUUGUGCUGUCGAAGAUUACAUCAAGCCUGCCGCAGCAGCACAUUGAGGUAUCAUCGUGGAAUAUACCUCCAGGAAUUUGCCUAGCAGAUCCAGCCUUCAAUGAACCUGGAUCUAUCGAUGUGAUUCUGGGUGUAGCUGUUUUCUACGAGCUGCUGCUAAGUGCGCAGUUGAAACUUUCUAAUUCGGGUCCGAUUCUACGCCACACGGAGCUUGGAUGGAUUGUUGCUGGAGAAUUACCUGAAACCUCUGUUGUCAGCUACAGCACGGUAGCUUCGUCAUCGGUAACUACGGAAGACGUCUUCGAGGAACUAACUAAGUUCUGGGAUUUAGAAUCCUGUCAAACGACGAGCUGCUUGUCCAUCGAGGAGUCUGCCUGUGAAGCCAUCUUUGAGGAGACAACCACAAGAGAUCCUGAUGGAAAAUUUCGGGUUACAUUGCCGAAAAGGAAACAUAUGCUGGAUAAACUGGGAGAGUCUAAGGCGAUAGCGAAGAAACGGUACCUCUCCAUGGAGAAACGGCUGAAUGCCAACCCGGAAAUGAAGGCAUUGUAUUCGACUUUCAUGCACGAGUACCUUUCCAUGGGUCAUAUGACGGAGGUAGUAAACGACGAUGAGGAAUCUGGUCCAGAAUAUUACUUGCCGCAUCAUGCAGUGCUGAAACCAGACAGCACUACUACAAAACUAAGAGUAGUUUUCGAUGCAUCGUGUUCUACGGAAUCGGGUGUGUCCUUGAAUGACGUCUUGAUGGUGGGACCUGUCGUUCAAGACGACCUACGAAGCAUCCUUUUACGAUUCCGGUUGUUCAAGUAUGCUGUUGUAGGAGACGCAGAGAAAAUGUACCGGAUGGUAUGGCAGCACGAACUGGAUCAGCUGCUGCACAAGAUAUUCUGGAGAGAUUCGGUUCAGGAGCCAUUGUGGACGUACAAGCUAUCCACUGUGACGUACGGUACAUCAUCUGCACCUUAUCUUGCCACUCGUUGUCUGAACAAGUGUGCUGAGGAUGGAGCAGAGCGCUAUCCCGUAGCUUCAGUGGUGGUCAAGAAGAGUUUUUAUGUUGACGACAUGCUAGCCGGCUCUCAUACCGUUGAAGAAGGCGAACAGCUCUGUAAGGAGGUACUGGAGCUCCUGAAGGGAUCAGGUUUCAACCUCAGGAAGUGGAACUCCAACAAUCCGAAGAUUUUGAAGGCAAUACCCUCGCAUCUGCGGGACGAUCGAGAAUUCCUGAAUUUAGAUGAGAAGGCAACUGUGAAGACGUUAGGUCUCACUUGGGAGACGGCUACGGACACACUGUGGAUCAAGGUUCCGGAUUGGAGGCCAGGUGGGCCAAUCACGCAUCGUGUUGUUCUAUCCGAGAUAGCACGUCUUUUCGACCCCUACGGACUAGUUGGUCCGGUAGUAGUCCAAGGAAAACUAUUUCUUCAAGAGCUUUGGAAGGCGAAGUACUCCUGGGAUGAACCACUAAGUGAUGAGCUUCAGUCACAAUGGUUGGAGUUCAGAACCAAUCUUUGCGAGUUGGACGCUGUGUCUGUUCCUCGAUGGAUCAGGUUCGGAAGAGAUGUAAUCACAUGUGAAUUCCACGGAUUCAGCGAUGCAAGUGAUAAAGCAUACGGUGCCGCGAUAUACUUACGAUGUGUGAACCGGGACGGAGAAGUCACGAUCAACCUACUGAUGGCCAAAUCAAAGGUUGCGCCGUUAGAGGACCUUAGUAAAAGGAAGAAGAAGCAAUCCACACCUCGGUUGGAGUUAUCUGCUGCGCUACUGUUAGCGCACCUGUAUGAGUCUGUCUCCACCAGCAUGAUGAUAGCAGCCAAAUCAUUCUUCUGGACCGAUUCUACAAUUGUAAAAUUCUGGAUUUCGUCACACCCGUCUAGAUGGCAGGUCUUUGUGGCCAAUCGUGUAUCAGAGAUACAACAUGUGACAAAGGGUGGAAUCUGGAACCACGUUCCGGGAAUCGAGAAUCCCGCUAACAUAAUUUCGAGAGGAGCCACUCCAGCUCAGAUAACGAGCAAUUCUCUGUGGUGGAAUGGUCCAGAAUGGCUGAAAAAGGAAACCCAGUACUGGCCUGUAAACGCGCAGGUUCCAGAGCAGCAGUUCGAUUCGGUAAUCCUGGAGGAGAGACCACUAGUGUCAGCAGUCCUACAGACUCUGCCUCCAAGUGGGAUUUUCACGCUACGUUCGUCUCUACUGAACCUUGUUCGUCUGACCGCUUGGAUACGCCGUUUUUCCUUCAACUGCCGACCAAGAAAUCGGUUGCAUAGGAAAACUGGAUUGCUGACAGCUGGUGAACAUGAUUCAUCCUUGAUUCUCCUAGUGCAGCUAGCCCAAUCGGAAUGUUUUCCAUUGGAAUUAUCAAACCUUGCGGCUAAGGGCGAAGUUAGGCCUUCGUCGAAGCUGCAUGCUCUGAAUCCUGUGAUGGUUGAUGGGAUACUCUGCGUUGGCGGCCGGCUCGGAAAUGCUCCUGUUUCGCGAGGAAGGAAACAUCCGAUGAUUUUGGAUAGCCAUCAUCCACUCACGAAGCUCAUCUUGGUCGACUAUCACCGGCGAUUGCUGCACGGAGGACCGCAGUUGAUGAUAUCGUGUGUUCGAGAGAGGUUUUGGCCGUUGAGCGUCAGAAACUUAGCCAGGAAGGUAAUGCACGAGUGCGUAAAGUGUUUCAGGGUGAAACAACGCGUCCAUGAUCAGUUGAUGGGAGAUCUUCCGUUGGAACGAGUAUCACCAGCUCCUGCUUUCCAACGAGUGGGUAUCGAUUAUUGUGGACCAUUCGAACUGCAGCCUGUCACCCGGAAGAGCGCUCCGGUGAAAUGCUAUCUCUGUUUGUUCGUUUGCUUAGUCUGCAAAGCCGUCCACAUUGAGGUCGUGAUGGACCUCACCACCGAGGCAUUUCUUGCUGCCCUUCGGAGAUUUGUUGCCAGACGCGGAAGACCGGAGUUGAUACUCUGCGACAACGCCUCUAAUUUCGUGGGAGCACAAAGAGAACUGCGUGAAUUGCAUCGAAUGUUUCGUCAGCAACAGUUCCAAGAAAAUGUGUCAAUGGAGGCUGCUCAAGAUUCGAUCGAAUUCAAAUUCAUCCCUGCCAGAUCACCCAACUUUGGUGGCUUGUGGGAAGCCGCAGUCAAAUCGCUGAAAGGGCACAUGAGGAGAGUAAUCGGCAACAGAAUGCUGAAGUAUGAUGAACUGCAUACCGUUGUGACGCAGAUUGAAGCAUGUCUAAAUUCGAGACCGCUGACACCGCUCGUUAAUGACUCCGGUGACUUGGAAGCAUUGACUCCCGGGCAUUUUUUGAUCCAACGCCCACUCACCGCAGCACCCGAACCAAGUCUCCAUGAUCUAUCAGAGAAUAGGCUCAAUAGAUGGCAACGUGUUCAGAACUACAGUCAACUGAUUUGGAAGCGCUGGUCAACGGACUACUUGUCAACUCUGCAGAGUCGCAACAAAUGGACAAGGCAAAGAAAUAAUUUAAACGUUGGAACAAUGGUUCUUUUGAAGGAGGACAACAUUCCACCUCUCAAGUGGAAGCUGGGACGCGUCAUGGAGACUCACCCAGGGCCAGACGGGAACGUGAGAGUUGUCACCGUUCGUACGAAGGAUGGCUCUUAUCGUCGGGCUAUUUCGAAGAUAUGUAUUCUUCCCAUCCGAGAUAAUCAACUGGAUGUCGAGGAAUCGCAGUAG